AUGACGUCGCUUACCGAGGGGAGUUUAAUCUACACGUUCAAUGGGUUCACUGGUCAAGAGACACAAUCCACUGUAGGGGAUGCUGCGGAUGCGGAUGCCGACGAAAUGGAAGACGUGGCUAUGACUGGUGACGCAAAAUCUGGCCCCGCCACCGGUCCUAGUGGACCUGCAGGGCUGCUGGCUCAUCUCCUAGCUAAGGCCAGCACUCAGUCGUUGCAUGUGGAAAACGGUGGCUCCACGGGCUCUUCAUAUUCGGACACGCUGUUUCUUUCUAGCCUCAUCAAGUGCUUGCCUGAAUCAGAAUUGAGCUAUCUGAAUAGUAGAACUGGUACCAAGUGCAGUUAUUUCACAUUUCACAAUUUAUCCGACCCGUUGCUGUGUCCAACUCAGCGAGCUGCUCACUACCUUCUGUACUUUUCUUCCCUUGAAUUUACAUCGUAUCACACUGGGUUGCAGCUAACCCAACAGACUCGCAGUGAAAACGGUCCGGACAGUUUUGCAACUCUGGGACGAACUUUACCUACUCCGUUGGCAGAAACUAUCCUGUUCGGUGUUUUGUGCGGUCUGCAUGUGAAUGCCAACAACGCGUCCACAAACAUGCCCACCCUAAUCGCGGCAGGUCUGCGUGUCUAUCACGCCGUGGACCGAUCGGUCGUGCAGACUAAUCUACGAAAGUUGGUCACUCAGGCUCUGGCCGCGGUCGAACAACCGGUGGACGCUCAACGAAUGGCGAAAAUUGAGCAUUCUGUUCAGGUGAUUGUUCCCAUCCCUCCGUCUGCUGGGUUUUGCCUCCAGUGCUGUUGGGUGCAUUUUUUUGGAGAGCCAUGA